ACUAAACAAAUUCAUCUAAAUUCAUAACUAAUUAACAUCAAUCAUACCAUAAUUAAUCUAAAUAAAUUCACAAAUACAGAAAUAUAAUUAUUAAAAUAUCAAAAUCUAAACAGUACAUAAUAAUAACAUACCGAAAAUUUUACCGCAACAACCGCAACUAACUAAUCUAACAUGAGAAUACUAAACAAAUUCAUCUAAAUUUACAAUUAACUAACAUCGAUCAUACCAUAAUUAAUCUAAAUAAAUUCACUAAAUACAAACAUAUAAUUAUUAACACAUCUAAAUCUAAACAAUACAGAUUAAUAGCAUUCCGAAAAUUUUGAGUUUCUGUAACCGUAGUUGCUGACAGCGAGCUAGGAAGGGGUUUUUUGCGGGUAUGAUGAGUUGAAUGUGGAAGAUUUUGAGGCAGGAAAGUGAGGGAUGGGUUAUUUGUAUGAAAAUCAGAUGGACUAAUCACCGCAAUUGACAGUAGCGGUGAACGCAUUACCGCACUAGACAAAGAUGGUGAAUGUUAGGUCGUUGUGGCCUAAUUUUUGACCUACCAGGGCGGGAAACCGUGGUAAAUAAUUGUCAUUUUGAAAAAAAAGCGGUGAGAUGUUCACCGUUUUUUAGAAUAGCGGUGAUGCUUUCAUUAUUGUGGACUAUUGUGGUGAUACAUUCACCGUUUUUUCCUACAGCGGUGAUGGUAUCAUUGUUCUGGACGACGGCAGUAAUUUCCAUCACUGUCUUCGACAACAACAGUGAUGUACAAACAUGUGUACCUUGGAAAAUACUUUUGUAACUACUGUAUUUUGGAAAAACAAUUAAUAACUAGUAUAUUCUGUGAUUUUUUUCUCCAAUGACCAAGCACCCACAAUCACACAAACUCCAAUAGCCAGGUGAUUUGGUGAGAUAAAAAUUACUAAGCAAGUCAAGGUGCCUCUCAAAGUGGGUAGGUACGAAGACAAAUUACUUUGCGAUGUCGUUCGCGUAGUUAGUAAAAUAUGGUAUAGGUACGUUAAAUUAUUAAUACAUCCUAUGUUUAUAUUUUACUUUUAUCUAAUAGUAGAUUUAAAAGAGCGGUAAUAGUUUUCAAAAUAUUUAAUAUUCUUAGAGCGCACAAAUACAAGAAUGACUAACUUAUCAAUUUAAAUCCUUAAAAUAUGCAUAAUAAAAGUGUUGCACAUGUUCAUUACACGAAACGUCAAACAAUCAAGAAAAAGAUGAAACAACUCUACAAUAAUAUCGAAACUGAGAGGUCUAGAUGCAUUUAGUACAUACAAGAGGGAUGUUUUUUUUUUUUUUUUUGCUAACUACUAUUAAUAUAUCUUUUUGUAUUUCCAUCUUCAAAAUAUUUGAAGUAUCACAAUCAGAUCCACUUCCAUUUUUAAACUAGUACAAGUAGCCGUAUUGGGCUGGCACAAAAUUAUAUGAACCGUUUAAGUAGUGAAUCUAUGAGUGCAUGCACACUUCUUGUCACCCAACAAUACGUAUAGGAACCAACACAUAUUUCCUCUUGCCAAUCUUUUUUUCCAUGUAAAUCACAACCACUAAACCUUACCAACAUUUCACACAGGACACAAAAAUGGCAUAAAAAUUGGACUAUAAAUAUGUUUUUUUGCAGUAAGCCAGAAAGCAACAUCGUAUCUCUACUUCACACUUUGCGUAUAACACCCUUCUGUUCGUGGAAAUUAGGCCAAUCGAGGAAGGAAACCAUGAAGCUCUUUCAAGUUCCGUCGAUCGUCUUUCUCGUCGUCCUGAUCUCCAUCGUCGUUCUUCACGUUGGUGCGGCAGAAGUUAAUCAAGUGGCUCCGACGCCGAUAGGGAAGAAAUGCUCGACGCCGAUCUACAACCGGUGUCAACAAGAGAAGUGCCACCAGGAUUGUUUGAGGCAUUUUGGGCCUGGAACUGAAGGCUGGUGCUGGGUUGUUGAAGAUCUCUGCUUUUGUGACCACUACUGUAGCAAACCACAGGACGCCUCAAUACACUCCUAGGCUCCAUCUCCAUCCACAAAUUGGGCUUCUCAUUAGUGAUAUUAUAAUACUACCACAUAAAGGCAAUAAUAUUCA